AUGAACGAAACCCAAGGUCAAUACAAGCGAUCGCCUGACAAAACUGAAGCAUGGAUUCUUGGCAGUGGAACUGCAUCCUUGGCGUCAGCGCUCUAUUUGGUGCAGUCUGCUAAGGUACCUGCAUCCAAGGUGCACAUUUUGGAUUCUCAUAUCUCAAUGGGACAAGUUUUGCACAACAGCGGAGAUCCCAUCAAUGGAUAUGAUCAGUUCGCCGCAUGCUUACCUGUUCCGGUCGGAAACCCCUUAGCAGAGCUUCUUGCCUUGGUGCCUUCAGUGAGCGGCCUGGGGCACACCGUGUUGGACGAUAUUAAAUCGGCGGAGACCAGGCGUGUCAAACAGCGCAAUAGUCGCACACGUUUCCUGGUCCAAAAGAACGACGUGCUGAAUGACAUGCCUACAAAUUCGUUGAAUUUGAGCGUUCAACACCGCCUUAAGUUGGUAAUGCUUGUGCUGAAGGGAGAGAAACGCCUGGGAAGAAAUCAGAUCAGAGAUUUUUUGCCCCCAUCUUUCUUCCAAAGCACCUUCUGGACUAUCUGGACCGCCCACUCUUCUAAGCUGUCCUUCAAUGCAAUCUCUAAUUUUUUUAUAAAAUAUGCGUACUCCAGGUUUGGGUUCCAGCCAUGGCACAGUGCAAUUGAGUUCAGACGUGCUCUCUGUCAACACCUUAGUGAGUUUCACAGUUUGAGUAUUCUGGGAUGCCUGGACAUCACCGGUUAUUACCAGAACGAGUCAAUAUACCUGCCUACGUUUCUCCAUCUUGAGAGGCUUGGCGUGGAUUUCCGCUUCGAUACCAAGAUUAUGGACAUUGGGACAACUAUUCAAGAUGGUCAGGUGACAAUUUCGCAGCUUGACAUGGUUCAGAACGGAUUUCGGAUGCAGCAAACAAUUAGCAAAGAUGACGUUGUCUUUAUGACGCUGGGGUCCACUGUCUCAGGCAUGACCAGGGGAACGAACGAUUGUCCUCCAGGACGCCAUUCGCUCGAGCCUCACGAUGAGCUCGAUGAUAACUGGUCACUUUGGUUGGAAAUUGGAUCCUGGAGCCAUGUAUUUGGCAACCCAUACAAUUUCUGCACCCGCGAGUCAGAAUCAAUAUUGGAAUCUUUCACAAUUACUACAGCAGAUUCUAGCCUUAUCGAAUAUAUCGAUUUACACGCACACAACGUGACCGAGGCUGGGACAUUCAUUUCCUUCCAAGAGAGCUCGUGGAAAUUAAGCUGCUGUAUACCGACACAGCCAGUCUUCAGCCAGCAGCCAAAGUCCAUUCGUAUUUUCUGGGGCUUCGCACUCUUCCCGAGGCGCAAAGGAAAUUAUGUUGAAAAACCGAUGUAUGAUUGCUCAGGGGCGGAAAUCGCGAUAGAAGUGUUAGGGCAUCUACAUUUCUCUUCACCAACUCUACAUACCAUGACCAUUCCUCGUGUGAUGCCACGAAUGAGCGCUAUGUUGCUAGUCCGCUCCCUCAGUGACCGGCCGCCAGUCAUACCUCAGAACACCUCCAAUCUUGGCUUGAUCGGACAAUUCGCGGAACUUCCGCAUUUCAGCUGUGUGGACACAAGCUACGGCGUUCGUACCGCGCAGGUGGCUGUGUCCCAGCUGAUGGGUAUUGAUAUGCACUAUGUGAGAGAGAGGAAACCAUCGAUCUUGGAUCUGUUAAGGAUUUUGCUAUGGAAGUGA